AUGGAACUCCUGGGAACCACAACUGGUUUUCUGGCUGUUUGUAUCUCUUGUCUGUUUUUUUUUUCAGUAUGGAGAAUGAUAUCAAGCAACAGGAAGCUGCCACCUGGUCCCAUUCGACUUCCUAUUGUAGGGAGCACACUGCAACUGAGCAUUAAGGACUUACCCCAAACUAUGGAGAAGCUUAGUGAAAAGUAUGGACCAGUGUUCACAAUAUAUAUGGGCACAAGACGGGUUGUGGUGCUGCAUGGACGUGAGGCUGUGAAGGAAGCUCUGAUUGACCAAGGGGAUGAGUUCAGCGCACGGGGAGUUCUGCCAUUAUUUGAAAAGAUUUUUAAAGGAUCAGGUAUUGUAAUAAGCAAUGGAGAGAUGUGGAAGCAGCUCCGCCGAUUUGCCCUAACCACCCUGAGGAAUUUUGGGAUGGGGAAGAAGAGCAUUGAGGAGCGGAUCCAAGAAGAAGCUCAUUUUCUGGUGGAAAGGAUCAGGAGCACACAUGAGAAGCCCUUUGACCCCUCCUCUUUCCUUAUCCAUGCUGUCUCCAACGUCAUCUGUUCUGUCGUCUUUGGAGACCGGUUUGACUAUGAAGACAAAAAAUUUCUGACUUUGAUUGAUCUGUUAGAGGAAAAUAACAAACUCCAGAUCUCAUUCUGGGUGCAGCUAUACAAUUUUCUUCCAACUGUCAUGAAUUUCUUACCUGGACCGCACCAAAGAGCAUUUAAAAAUUUUGAGGAAAUUCACAACUUUAUUCUGGACAGAGUGAAAAUUCACCAGCUGUCUCUGGAUCCCACCUGCCCUCGGGACUUUAUUGAUGCUUUUCUCGUCAAAAUGGAGCAGGAAAAAGAAAACAUCGACUCAAAAUUUAACACUGAAACUUUGGUAAGAAGCACAGUAGACUUGUUCCUUGCAGGAACAGGAACAACCAGUCUCACAUUGGAUUAUGGACUUUUGACUCUCCUAAAAUACCCAGAGAUAGAAGAGAAAAUUCACAAAGAAAUUGACUGUGUGAUUGGCCGUUCCCGGCAACCCUGCAUGGCUGAUCGAGGUCAGAUGCCCUACACGGAUGCUGUGGUACAUGAGAUCCAGAGAUUGAUGAGUCUUUUGCCGUUGAAUGUUCCACGUGCUGUGACCAGGGACACCAGGUUUAGACAAUAUAUUAUCCCAAAGGACACAAUUAUAAUCCCUGACUUGAGAUCAAUCCUAUAUGACAGCAAGGAAUUUCCAAACCCACAGGAAUUUAACCCAGGGCAUUUCUUGGAUGAAAACGGUGACUUUAAGAGGAGUGAUUACUUUGUGCCUUUUUCCACAGGGAAACGGAUGUGCAUAGGAGAAGGUCUGGCUCGGAUGGAACUAUUUUUAUUUUUAACAAUAAUUUUGCAGAAUUUUACUUUGAAACCUACCAUUGAUCACAAGGACAUAGACAUUUCUCCAGAAGUUUGUAGCAUGGUAAAUAUGCCACGUCCCUACCAGCUCUACUUUAUUCCUCGCUAA